AUGACAAAUAAUAAAAUGCUGAAGAUUGCAGUUGUUCUGUUAUUGUUUGCCGUGGCUAUCGCUUUCCCAGCAACAAACGAAACUGUAAAAAAUGAACCUUCUGGUCGUGUUGUUGGAGGAAAUAAUGCUGUCAACGGUCAAUUUCCUUUCGUUGCAUCAAUAAGAAAUGCAAAUAAUGUGCAUACUCAUCAAGGAGCAUUAAUUAGUAACCGAUGGGUUGUCUCUGUUGCAUGGAUAAUGCAAGGAAGAACCGCAUUUAAUACUCGUGUUGCAUUUGGAUCGGUAGUCCGAAAUCAAGGAUUUAUGUUUUUUUUAAGACGCUUAAUUGUUCAUCCUGAAUUCAACAGUACUACGGGAGCGAACGACAUUUCUUUGUUGCAGACUAUUAUCCCUGUAUUUCAUGGCAGUCUUGUAUUUCCUGCGAGCUUAACAAAUUUCCGUCUCUCUGGUGGAGAAAGAGUUACAACAUUGGGAUGGGGAAAUACAAUGCUCGGGGAGAACACACCACAAGCUAACUCUUUGCAGUGGAUUUCACUACAAGUAACCAACGACCAAACGUGUAGGAAUUUUUUUGCUAAUGAUCCAAACUUUCCUUUGGCAAAUGGACUUUGUGGUAUAAGCGAUGCCAACAUGCGUGGAAUGUGUGCGGGUGAUGAGGGUGGGCCAAUGGUUAUUGGAAAUACGGUUCAUGGGCUUAUGAGAAUUUCUCCAUGGUGUGGACAAGGCACGAAUCCUGAUAUCUUUGUACCCCUUUUUGACUUCAAGGAUUGGAUUGCAUCAGUAAGAGGGUUUUAAAGCUUUUAAAUUGAUGUUUUCAAAUUUUGAU